UAUAUAUAUAGUUUAUGAUGAUGAUUAUAUAUGAUUAAUUUGCAGAUGAGAUUGUUGUUUUGAUCUAAUAAAGAAAGAAAGAAAGAAAGAAAGAAAGUGAUAAGAUAAAGAUGGGAAGAGGAAGGGUUCAGUUGAAGAGGAUUGAAAACAAGAUUAACAGACAAGUUACUUUCUCAAAGAGGAGAUCUGGUCUUUUGAAGAAAGCCCAUGAAAUCUCUGUUCUUUGUGAAGCUGAGGUUGCCUUGAUCAUCUUCUCUCCCAAAGGCAAACUCUUUCAGUACUCCACUGAUUCCUGUAUGGAAAAGAUCCUUGAAAGGCACGAGAGGUGCUCUUAUGCAGACCGACAACUACAUGCAAUCGAUCGAGAGUCUCAUGGAAGCUGGAACCUUGAGUAUUCUAAGCUCAAAUCAAGACUAGAGAUUGUGCAAAAAAACCUAAGGCAUUUCAUGGGAGAAGAACUGGAUUCAUUGAGCUUAAGAGAGCUUCAAAGCUUGGAAAAUCAGAUGGACUGUGGACUUAAGACUAUAAGGUCCAGAAAGAAUCAGCUAAUGCUUGAGUCAAUAUCAGAGCUCCAAAAGAAGGAUAAGGCACUGCAGGAGCACAACAACUCACUUACCAAGAAGAUAAAAGAAAAGGAAAAGGAGAGGGAAGUGGUAGUUCAAUGGCAACACCCAAUUGGCCUUAAUGAUCAAAUGAUGCAUCCACCUCCUAAUUACAACGACAUUAUUAUUAAUCAUACAAGUAAUAUUAUUAAUGAUAAUACUAAAGAAAGUGAGACAGAAGCUCCUCAAUGUAAUAACAACUCAGGAAUUCCACUUUGGAUGAUCACUCAUAUUGAUCAUCAUGCUUAUAAUACCACUAAUUAAUUGAAAUUAUUUAUAAAAUAAUUAAGAUCUUUCUUAUUAAUCCAUAUAUAUUUAUACAUAUAUAGAUAUAGAGAGAUCAGGCAUAUAUGUCUUGUAUGUAUGUAUAUUUGGUCAUGUCUAUAAUUUUUAUUAUGUUAAACUUAAUCUGGAUCAUGUAAUGGAACACUAUAUAUAUUACAUUCAUGCAAAUAUUUCAUAUAUUUUUAAUAUUGCUAUAUAAUAA